AUGGAAGCAGAGCUCAUACAAAAUUUAAAAGAUAUAGGGUAUGCUGGGCCUCUAAUUGAUCCCAUAAAAUUUAACGAGGCUCUUCAAGGAGGUGCAAAAUCACUGGAAUUCACAAGCCUCGUAUCAUGGCUAACUUAUGAAAUUGGAUCUUUUGAAAACUUGGAUGACACUGUACAUCCUAUAACGUCGCCAGAUGAUGCCAAUUCCUUUCUCGAAGAAUUAAAUAUAUUUCUAAAAGAAUUAGACUGUAGAAAUGAAAAACUAACAGAAGGUGGUAAAAAUGAAAAAUUAGCCAGUAUUCAAGAAAAUGAAGCUCUUCUCGAAUAUUUAAUAAUAGAGCUUAUGUCAAGUAAAAUAUUAAAAUCUAGAAAUUUAGACACACAGGAUAAAUCAAUGCCAAUUACGGAAAGCACAACAGCUAAAGUUAUACGAGAAAUGAUAUCAGCAUUAGAUUUUACAAAACCUCCUGAAAAUAUUACAGCCAACUUAUUUUUCAAGGAUAUACAUGGAAAAGUAACACAAAUACUUCAAAAAGUUCCUAAGAAUCUUGUAUGUAAACCACUAUUCUUUGGAGAAUUAAAUGCAGAGCAGUGGCAAGAGUUAGAUAAGUUACAUGCCGAUUUAAAUGAAGAGUACACAAUACGGCGAGAAAUGUUGUUACAGCGGUUUGAUGUCACAAUUAAUUCAUUUUUGUGGUCAGAAAGACUUAAAGACAAAGAACGUGAAGUAAAUGAGUGUUACAAGGCACAGCGAAAACUCAUGAAAUGUAAACCUGAUGUUACAUUCGCUCAUCUUUUAUCAAGCCGGGAUGACUUAGCAAUAAUUGAAAAAACGAGUAAUGCUUCAGUGCGUAAAAAUACUCGUAGUGCAAUUAAUUCAUAUAUUAUUGGAUCAGUGCCUGAUAGAGGAGGUAGAACAACAGAGCACGAACCUCCGCCACCAGAAACAUUUAAACAAAAUACAAAAGGGCAAGGUUCAAAAAGUCAAUAUAACGAUAGUGGACGUUAUAAACGAGAUGGCGAUGGUAAUAGUAACAGUGGUGGCAAGUUUCGUGAUCAUAAAUUGGCAGCUUCGAACUUUGGGCAAAAUUUUGAUAAUCCGGCCCAAGGCUCUAGUUUUGGAAAUCAGGACUUUAGUUUCGGGACUCAAGUUAGAAAGAAUUUCCAUUACAAUUCAAAUCCAAAUAAACAUUUUAAUUAUGGAAAUCAAAGUUCAUCCAGUUAUAGAGGAAAUCAAAGUGGAUGCUACGAUCAAUAUUCUGCAUACGCGGAUCAAAGUACAAGUGGCUACAAUCCAAAUAGUGGUUAUGAAAAUCAAAGGGGUUAUAACAAUAGAAGCGCAGGUGGUUACAAUCGAGGUGACCAAAAUAGGAGUCGCAGAGUCCAAGGAGGUUGGAAUCAAAACUUUGAUACAGAUUUUUCAAGUGGCAAUACGAAUAAUUAUUAUGGUAACCAUCAAAUGCAGGAGAGAGGUCGAAGACAUUAAUAAAGCUAUAAUUAUUGGAUGAAUCGAAAAAUUUUUUACAUAAAAGUAAUUAUAGUUAUUAAAUAAUUUAUU